UCUGCCUCCGCCGAUGACGUCUCAUUAGCUCUUCUCCCUUCUCCCUUCUCCCCUCCCCCUCUACCAAUCCAUCUCCCUAUCUCACAAUUCACAAUGACAUCUACUACCUGUGAGGCCCUAGUCCUCCACGGCGCCAAAGACCUCCGCCUGGGAUCCAAACCCGUCGCCCAACCCGCCCCCUCAGAAGUCCAAGUCGCCAUCCGCGCCACCGGCCUCUGCGGCUCCGACCUGCACUACUACAACCACGGCCGCAAUGGCGACUUCGUCGUGCGCGAACCCAUGUGCCUGGGCCACGAAUCCUCCGGCAUCGUAACAGCCGUCGCCCCGGACGUAACCAGCCUGAAAGUCGGCGACCGCGUCGCCCUCGAAGUCGGGCUGCCCUGUCGCAAAUGCCUGCUCUGCCAACAAGGCCGCUACAACAUCUGCGCAGACAUGAAGUUCCGCUCGUCGGCCAAGAUCUUCCCCCACCUCGACGGCACCCUCAUGGAACUCACCACCCACCCGGCCUCCAUGUGCCACAAGCUACCAGACAACGUGUCCUUCACCGGCGGCGCCCUCGCCGAGCCCCUCGCCGUCUGUCUGCACGCCAUCCGGCGCUCAAGACCGCCUAGCGCCGCGGACGUCAAGCUCGCCCAGGAACUAGGCGACGCGUCGGGGUCGUCGGCGCUCAUCUUCGGCGCCGGCGCUGUCGGCCUCCUCCUUGCCGCUGCGCUCGCCGUGUCGGGCCCCUUCACGACCAUCGCGAUCGCCGACAUCGACGCCUCGCGGCUCGCGAUCGCCGACUCCCUGAACCUGGGUCUGCGCACCACUCUCAUCCCCAAGCCAUCCACGCCGCCUCCCGCGCGCGACGCCCCCGCCGCCGAACAAGCGUCCUAUGCGCUGUCCAACGCACAGAGCCUCGCCGCGGCGCUGAAGACCGAGCACGGCGUCGGGGCGGGGUUUGCGCGCGUCUACGACUGCACGGGGGUUCCGGCGUGCGUGCAGGCUGGGAUCUACGCCGCCGCGCCGGGGUCGGUGCUGGUGCAGAUCGGGAUGGGGAACCCCGUGCAGACGGUCCCUGUGGGGGCGGCGGCGCUGCGCGAGGUCGAUAUCAUUGGCGUGUUUCGGUACGAUGGGUAUGCUUAUCCGGCGGCGAUUGAGCUGAUGGCGAGUGGGCGGUUUGAUGUCGUUGAGGAGAAGGUGGUCACGCAUCGGUUGGGGCUGAAGGAGGGGGAGAGGGCGUUUGGGUUGGCGGGGAAGGGGGUCGAUGAGGAGGGGAGGCCGGUGGUGAAGGUUGUUAUUGAGAGUUAG